AUGAUUGCAUGCGUGUCAGAUAUGCAGCAAGUGGGAAAUGUGGAUCCUGGACCGACGGUUGGUACACAGUUGACGCGGCAGCCGGUUCAUCGAUCCACGCUACUUUGGGAGACGCCAGCUGGUCAGGUAGUGUCAAGUGUGCUAAAGUGCAGACGCCGAAGUUGCAAGUUACCCGAGCAUGGGCUUGACCCACGGAUUGCUCGGUACAUAACUGAGGCAGGUUUUGAAGGGUUAUUCAAGGUUCCAAACUUGGAAGUGGAUCAUGCGUUGAUCACAGCACUAGUUGAGCGUUGGCGUCUAGAGACGCCCACAUUCCACCUACUGCAUGGAGAGAUGGGCAUCCCCUUACAAGAUAUUGAGUUAUUGGGUCAUCGUCCACCAGACCCGAUACCGCAUCCCCAUGAGAACACCUCUAUCCUUGUUGGGGCGACGCUCAGAUUCACCUGGCUGGAUGCACAAUUUAGUGGUCCCCUAGCUGUGGAUGCUACUGAUGAGGUAGUGCAGCAACAUGCGUGCUAUCACAUACUCAAUCGGUUGGGGACGAUUUUGUUUAUGGACAAGUUGGCAGACCGGGUGUCGGUGAUGCCUCUACAGUUCCUAAACCCAAUCAGCAACGUGAAGAGGUACAGUUGGGGUAGUGGGGUAUUAGCCUGGCUGUACAGGCACUUAUGCAAGGCAUCGGAGUCGAAGGCGAUGCAGAUUGGAGGAGCAAUGAUGUUGGUGCAGCUGUGGGCGUAUUCGAGGUUCCCACUAAUAUGCCCUGUUAUGAGGUCGCCACUACCGCCAGUGGAGGCAGGUCCCUUUGCCAAUCGAUAUGUUAUUUGA